CAUUUCCAAUUGAAAUGUCAAACUAGACUUCAUCGUAUUUGCAACAUCUUGGGUAUUUUGUCGUCGGAGUGUUUUAAAAAAAUUUCAAUACAAAAUAAAAAAAUUAAAUUCAAAAUAAAGUUAAUUACCAUUUUAAUAUAAAAAUCAACUAAACCUCAAAAUUCAUACGAAAAAACAAACCCUAUCCCACAAUACUUCGUCUCCAUUUUCUCCAUAAAACGUGAAAAAAGUGACCAAAAAAUUAUUUUCUUUUUUUUAAUGUUUCGUUUCUUUUAUGUCCGCUGUCCCAUGUCAUAGAAAAAAAUCUUUUAAAUCAAAUAAAAAAGUGUAGAAAGUGCAAAACACCCAGAAAAGAAGAAAGAAAGCAGCAGCAGAUUAGUAACAGUAGAAAAAGUUAUAAUUUUCUAUUAUUUUGUUUCUUGAUUUUAAAAUCGGAAAUAAAUUUUGUAAUCAACCCGAAAGAAAUCCAAGAAAUUUAAAGUAAAGGUUUUACACAUAGAGACGUCGUUUUGAUGGUUUUAAAUUUAAGUUUUUAGAGAAAACAAAAUAAAAAUAAAUCAAAAGUUGAACUGGUUUUUUAUCCAUACUGUGCUGCACCUUCUCCUCCUCCUCUUACUUAGAAACUUAAACUUGAAACUACUCCUCCAACGCAUUCAGCUUGCUUUGGAGCACAUUCAACAUAAACAAAAACCCAAAAACAAAUUCUCAAUCUCCCAAAAAAAAAUAUAAAACUAUCAAUCCAAACAAAUAUCGAAUUUCAAAAUGAGAAAACAAAAGGACGAUAUGCAAGUCAAUGUUGCCGGCAUUCGAAGGAACAUUAAGAAUCUAGCGCACAACUACUCAGAUGCUCAGGUUAAAGUACGAGAAGCAACUUCCAAUGACCCAUGGGGACCAUCCGCAACAAUUAUGGCAGAAGUUGCCGAUCUCACCUACAAUGUUGUGGCAUUUUCCGAGAUCAUGCAAAUGAUCUGGAAACGUCUAAACGAUCAUGGCAAGAAUUGGCGUCAUGUCUAUAAGGCACUCAUUUUGCUUGAAUAUUUAAUUAAAACCGGCACUGAAAAAGUCGCCCAACAGUGCAAAGAGAAUAUAUUUGCUAUACAAACACUUCGUGACUUCACAUACUUCGAAGAGGGCAAAGAUCAAGGAACACAUGUGCGGGAGAAAGCAAAAACGUUGGUCAAUUUAUUGAAAGAUGACGAACGACUGAAAAACGAACGUAUUAAGGCACUGAAAGCAAAAGAGCGAUUCUCUCAGAAUGCCAGUGGCUUUGGUAGUGAUGGCUAUAUCGAUGGACCAGUUAAUCGCGAGAAUCAACCAGCCGAUUGGCAAGAGGAACCAAAGCCAGUGUCUGAUUUGGAAUUUGUACGUCCACAAACAGCUGGUGAGGAGGAAUUACAAUUGCAACUGGCCAUGGCGAUGUCAAGGGAAGAAGCUGAGCAGGAAGAGGCGAAACGUCGCAGUGAUGAUGUGCGUUUGCAAUUGGCUUUGAGUCAAAGUGAAAAUGAUUUUAAAGUUAAACCAGAUCCCAAGGGAAGUGAACCCCAACAGAGCCAUUUAUUGGAUUUGCUGGACAUAUCAUUGGGCGCAACAAGUAUAUCGAGUCCGCCACUUGGCGCAGGAGCCGUUGGUGGCUCUGAUCCAUGGGGAACACCAGCUAGAGCUGCAAGUCAACUCUCUGAUCCUUGGUCAGGUACAUCAUCACCACAAAUUGAUCCUUGGCAUGCAAACGUUCCUAAAACAUCUGGUGGCGCAGCUGGCGGCGCUGAAGGAUGGCUCACACAGCGUACGCAAUCACCAUCUGUAGCUUCUGGUUCCUCCAAUGAGGGUUGGUUACAGAGUAACAUUCUAUCCAAUGGCACUAUGAAUGGAAAUUCAUCAUCCUCAUUAUCUGAUCCUUGGCUAUCGAAGACUGCAGUCGCAGGAGCAACAUCAGCAGCUCCUCCACCAUCGUUGCCAAUGCCAUUAGUUCAAAAUACCAGCAGUGGUUCCGUUGAUCCCUGGCUACCUGGUGAAGAAGCAAAAUCUUUGGAAAAAACAUCAUUAGGACCUGAAGAUCCUUGGGCACCAAAAGCCCAACCAAUCCCUUCCAAUAAUGGAGAUCCAUGGAAGAGGACUGCAAAUGAGACAACGACAGUAGCAAAGGUUUCACCGGAUUUGGAUGAUUUUGACAUAAUCACGAAUCGUAAUAAGACUGGAGGGCUAUUAGACGUUCAAAGUACGACACUUGGCUCAAAUAAUAACAAUGCAUCACUUUUGGAUGAAUUGGAUCCGUUAUCGAGCAAGAAGCCAUCAUUGAAAACACCACAAUCGUUCUUGGGUGAGAACUCAGCGUUAGUGAAUUUGGACAAUUUAAUUAAACCAGUUGCGCCGAGUAAUACAAUUGGCAGUGCAGCGUACAAUCCAUUUAGUGAUACUAUUCCACCUAAGACAAAUCUAUUCCAACAACAACAGCCGCCUGUUCCGUCCAUAAAUCAACUCAAGCAACAACAGCCUUUUGCAAUUAGUUUAAAUCAAGAUCCUUGGGCACCAGUUAGUAAUGCAGCGCCACAGUGCGACGAAUAUUUAAUUGACUAUGAUUCUGAUCAAAUAACCGUUUGUACCAGCAAUAAUAUCUAUGCCGGCCAAUUUGAAUCAAAUAAUAACAAUAAUAAUUAUCUUAGUAUUAACAAUGACAGUGAAUCUUUUUCUUCAAACAACAACAACAAUAACAACAGCAUUAAUAACAAUAUUGAAAACAGCAAUUGCAACAGCGUUUUUGAUAAUUUUGAUCCUUUUAUCGUACCUCCUAACAUUUGCAAUAUUAAUAAUUACGCUCCGUCAGCAAUUAAUUCAAACUGUUAUUCAUCACCUCUUGGUAUUGGUUACGUUAGCAAUAAUCCUUCGUUUUUGGAUUUACUUGCUCCAAACUACAAUCAAAUUUCAAAUUUCAAUGCCUAUAACGGUAAUCUCUUCGGCUAUGGAUAUUUCGAUAGUCCCAAUCAAAGUAUGAAUCCGGGUAAUAUGUUUGCAUCAUCUGCUCAUCUAUCGGGAAACAACAACAAUAACAAUAAUUUGGCAUGGAUAAAACCAGAAGCAGCAGCAUCAAAUCCAUUUUUAUAGUUCGGGAAAAGAGAUUGAUUUAAAUUUAAAUAUAAAAUUAAACUAUAAGAGUAUUAUUAAUGUAGAACAUGUUCUUCGGAUGGGAUGUGGAUAUACAACUAACCUAUACAAACGAUAAAAUUUUAAACUAAAAACAAAUUUAAACAGAACAACAAAAAAUUAGGACACCAAAGUGCCCUUUUUAUAUUGAGUAAACGAAAUCUAUAAUCAUUUGUCCCGGCAGCUUUUUUUUUAGUUAAUCCCCACAUCAUACUGCCCACACAUUAUUCACACAACAUUUUCCGCUCAUAUUAUGUAUUCUACUAAAUUUUAAAUAAUUAUUGUAACAUUUAUGAUUUUAGAAAGAAAAAAAAAAAAGAAAAUAUUUUUCUAAAAUAAUAUUCUAUGUAUUGUUUUUGUUUAAAAUUUGUAAUCAAUGAUUUUGAAUCGGAUAAGGUUGACUAUUAUACUAGUAUCUACCCAACGGGCGAAUGUAAACAAACAGUUAUAAUAAAAAGGAAAUCUAAGAAGAAAAAGUAUAGAACAAUGAAACUGAGAUCAUUCAAAUAAAAAAGUAAAAAUAAAAUUAUAAAUUUUAAUUAUUAUGUCAAAGUCUAUAUGAGUAAUUAAGAUAAAAUGAUAAAUUUAUAAGAAAUAUAAUAUAUUUUAUUACUUUUCCAAAAUCAAUUUUAUAUUAACAAAAAAAAAAUAUUUUAAAAUACAAACAAAAAAAAGAAAAACGAAACGAGAAAAAAUCAAUAAAACCAAUUGUAAAGUAUAUAGAUUUUUUUUAAUCAUUCAAUAUUUAUAUAAAAAGAAAAACGAAAGCAUAUAUAUUUUAAUAUUUUAAACAUGUUAAGAAUAAUUUAUGUAAAAGAUUUAACUAAAUCAUGAAACAAAUUAUCAUUUAAUAAAAAAACUUAAAGCUUUAAAAAAAA